AUGGUAAAUAUCUUCCAUCGCCUUACGCGACGAGCUCUAAGCUCUAGCAGCACGUCCGCGGAAUCCAAACCAAAUGAUCCAAAUACCAGAAACUCGCACGAUCUACACAGAACCACCAGUGCAAGCUCAGUUAAGCGCAUUCGUCACGACGUUGCCGCGCAAGAGCCUGUGCCACGACAUCUCAUUCUGAUUUCCGAUACUCCAGAAUUCGACCCAGAGAUUCUGCGACGGUUCCGCGCAGAGGCAUUUCAGGUACAAUAUCUCCCGUUUACAUGCAGCGAUGACUUUGAGCGAGACCGGCGGGCAUUGGAGAAUGCAGUGCAUGAGAAGGAGGAUGAACUUGAAGAGGGGGAGAGGUAUGCCAUUGUGGCUUACUACCUGUUAUCAUCACACCAUCUCAUAACCAGCAACACCAAUCCAUUUCCACGACUCUCUGCCCUGAUAGCCUACUAUCCCAUUUCAAAGUAUCCAAAGACUACAUCCAAGAGAUACAGCAACACAGAAACAUGUGUCCCUGCUUGUUCAGACACAGAGACUAUUUUUCAGCCUGGUCCCGCUGCAACAUUACUCCCGAUUCAGAUCCAUAUCCCUGAGCCUGAGAAUGGUUGUACAUUCUGGCCAUGGAUUACACUUAGUCCUUCCGAAGGAGAUGUCACGUAUAAAAAGCGACAUCGGUGCUAUGUUUUCAAGUACCCUCAUUCCCGCGCAAGUUCAAAUGACGGUGAUUCUUCAUGCGAGGGCAAGUAUGGAAGUGGAAUUGAAGAUCAGAAAGGGAGGUAUACACCCGAGAGGAAUCCAAGUUCUGGAUUAGCGUGGAGUCGCACACUGGGCUGUUUACGACGUGCGUUCGGGGCAAGUAGUAAUUGGCCUGUUACAGCGAUAGAAACUGUGUGGGAGGAAUAUUGGCAAUGUAUACUGGCGGAAUUGGAUCAUGGGAAAGAGCCACAAAGAUCUGAGACUUCAUGGUCUGCUAUGGAGAUCAUGAGUGGGAGACGGGACUUGCAGGAUGAGUAUGGAAUAUCGAUUGAAUGUGCUCCCACAAAAGCAGGCGGUAAGUUGUUAACACCGACAUCCAUUGCAGUCUAUUCUGAUUCCUUACUAAAUGAUAUGCAUAGGCUCCGAUCCACAGAGUCUGAGAUCUUUCUUAAAAGAUACAUUCAUUCCUGCGGACUUGCAAGUCAACAUAUCCACCUCCUCUCACGAACAGUCGGCUCUGAUCGGAUCGUCGAUGAGGUACGAUUCUCAUUCCGUCAUACAGCAGAGAUCCCGUGGUUAUUACCUGGUAUCUCUUCAACGAAUCGCGAGAUCGAGGUGAAUAUUGUAAUCGUGGCUCGUUUCAGCGCGGAUCGAAUUGUGCAUCAGAAGAUCUAUUGGGAUCAGGCGGAUGUACUUGUCCAAGCGGGGAUUUUAGAUUCUGCCCUUAUACCCCGUGUACCAACCAUCACCGAUUAA